AUGACAUCCGCCAAUCACCGGUGGCCACCGGAUCAAAAUUCUUCAAACGAUUUUUCACUGGACAAUACUAACUUCAGAGCUGUUAUUGGUGCCGUUGUGGAUGUCCACUACGAGGACGGUAACCUUCCUGCUAUUUUCAACGCCUUGACUCUUAAGAACGGUGACCAAAACUUGGUUUUGGAAGUUGCCCAGCAUUUGGGUGAAAACACCGUCAGAACCAUUGCUAUGGAUGGUACUGAAGGUUUGGUUAGAGGUGCCAGCGUCACUGACACUGGUGCUCCUAUCUCUGUGCCUGUUGGUCGUGGUACUUUGGGUCGUAUCAUCAACGUUAUUGGUGAGCCAAUUGACGAGCGUGGACCAAUCGAGUCCAAGCAAAAGAAGCCCAUUCACGCUGAACCACCAUCGUUCGUCGAACAAUCCACUUCUGCCGAGGUUUUGGAAACCGGUAUCAAGGUUGUCGACUUGUUGGCUCCAUACGCCAGAGGUGGUAAGAUUGGAUUGUUCGGUGGUGCCGGUGUCGGUAAGACUGUGUUUAUCCAAGAGUUGAUUAACAACAUUGCCAAGGCUCACGGUGGUUUCUCCGUGUUCACCGGUGUCGGUGAAAGAACCAGAGAAGGUAACGAUUUGUACCGUGAAAUGAAGGAAACUGGUGUCAUCAACUUGGAAGGUGAAUCCAAGGUGGCCUUGGUGUUCGGUCAAAUGAACGAACCUCCAGGAGCUAGAGCCAGAGUUGCCCUUACCGGUUUGACCAUCGCUGAAUACUUCAGAGAUGAGGAGGGUCAAGAUGUGUUGUUGUUCGUCGACAACAUUUUCAGAUUCACUCAAGCUGGUUCUGAAGUGUCGGCUUUGUUGGGUCGUAUUCCUUCGGCUGUCGGUUACCAACCUACUUUGGCCACCGAUAUGGGUUUGUUGCAAGAGCGUAUUACCACCACCAAGAAGGGUUCCGUCACCUCUGUCCAAGCUGUCUAUGUGCCAGCCGAUGAUUUGACCGAUCCUGCUCCUGCUACUACUUUUGCUCACUUGGAUGCUACCACUGUGUUGUCUAGAGGUAUCUCCGAGUUGGGUAUUUACCCAGCUGUCGAUCCUUUGGAUUCCAAGUCGAGAUUGUUGGAUGCCUCUGUUGUCGGUGAGGAGCACUACUCGGUUGCUUCUAACGUUCAACAAACCUUGCAAGCUUACAAGUCUUUGCAAGAUAUCAUUGCCAUUUUGGGUAUGGACGAAUUGUCGGAAGCUGACAAGUUGACCGUCGAGAGAGCCCGUAAGAUCGAGAGAUUCUUGUCUCAACCAUUUGCUGUUGCCGAAGUUUUCACUGGUAUCAGUGGUAAGUUGGUCAGAUUGGAGGACACUAUCAGAUCUUUCAAGGAAGUCUUGGAAGGUAAGUACGAUCACUUGCCAGAAAACGCCUUCUACAUGGUUGGUGGUAUCGAAGAUGUCGUUGCCAAGGCCGAGAAGUUGGCUUCUGAGAACUAG